ACUGUACACCUUGGUCUCGCCGACGCCGAGUCGCGUUCACUUUCGUCCAUCUCAAAAUGCCUGUCGGAAUUGAGGCAUGGGUGACCCAGAUACCACCAGUGACACGGGCAUGGCUCGCACUGGCGGUGCUCACAAGCAUGGCAGUACAAUGCCAGGUUAUCACCCCGCUGCAGCUCUAUUUCAGCUACAAAGCUGCUUUCACGAAUGCACAACCAUGGCGAUUGUUGACCACAUUCUGGUACUUCGGUCCCAUCUCACUCGACUUUGUCUUCCACAUGUUCUUCUUCAUGAGAUACAGCCGUAUGCUGGAAGAGUCGUCGUUCGCAAAUCGUAAAGCAGACUAUUUCUGGUUGCUUCUACUAUCCGCCAUCAUGCUCCUUGCAAUUUCUCCUCUCGUCAACCUACCCUUUCUCUCCUCCCCACUUGCAUUCGUCCCCAUCUACCUGUGGUCGCGACGACACCCAUCCACACCGAUAUCAUUGUUCGGUCUGAUCACGAUCACCGCGCCCUACCUACCGCUCGCUCUCGUCUGUCUUGCGUGGAUGCUCAACGGCACCUGGCGCGCGGCCGCGGGAGACCUCAUGGGCUGCGCGGUGGGCCAUGUCGGGUGGUUUGUGCGGGACGUGUGGACGCGCGAAAUGAUUGGCGGACCGACAUUCCUGAGCGAUGCACCGUUGGCUCUCAAACGCCUGCUAGGUGAUAUCUGAGCGCGCGAGGGAGAGCGAAUCAUAAAACUCUGGCAAUUAUUUAUUGAACGGGACUGUUGUACGCAAUCGAACAAGGGACUCUACAUGUUGUUCUCGCUAAUAUGUAUUUUAUUGGACGGAAACCAGACGUGACUGAUUAUUGGCGAGGCGAAGGCGCAUAUUCCGGGACAAUUGUUCGGUGUCUGUCCCAGUAUCUGAACAUCUCGACCAUGGCAGCAUUCUUGCCUUGCGUACAGAGCUUCUCAUAGAAGAUUGAACGGAGCGCCCACCCAUCCACGAUCA